CGGCUUUUUUGCUUGCGCGCGCUGUCUAAUCUCUGUUCCGACGGCUGGCUACUGAACGUUCGUACUCUGUCUAGCUCCGCGGGGCAGUGCGCGGCUUUCCCGGCAAGGGUCGUCUGUGACCUGUGAUCCGUUUCUCCGUCGUCACGGGGAAUAAAUCUGUCGAAGCCGACUGGUCCUCUUUCGGAAAGGGGGCAGAUAUUCAGGACCCCUUCAUUUUCCUUCCAGUGGACAGCGAGCCCGGCAUCUUUGGCGUCCGUGGUUGGCAGUUUUUCCAGGUGCUUGCCACAUUGAAAAAUGGCUACUGGACAGGACCGGGUAGUUGUCCUAGUGGACAUGGACUGUUUUUUUGUUCAAGUGGAACAGCGGCAAAAUCCUCACUUAAGGAAUAAACCUUGUGCAGUUGUACAGUACAAAUCAUGGAAGGGUGGCGGAAUAGUUGCAGUGAGUUAUGAAGCUCGUGCAUUUGGGGUCACUAGAAGCAUGUGGGCAGAUGAUGCUAAGAAGUUAUGUCCAGAUCUUCUGCUGGCACAAGUUCGUGAGUCCCGUGGGAAAGCUGACCUCACCAAGUACCGGGAAGCCAGUGUGGAGGUGAUGGGGGUGAUGUCUCGUUUUGCUGGGAUUGAACGUGCCAGCAUUGAUGAGGCUUUUAUAGACCUGACUGGUGCUGUGCAAGAGAGACUACAAAAGCUACAAGGUCAACCUAUCUCAGCUGACCUCUUGCCAACCACCUACAUUGAAGGGUUGCCCCAAGGCCGUACAACAGCAGAAGGGACUGAUCAGAAAGAGGAGACGCGAAAACAAGGCUUAUUUCAAUGGCUUGAGUCUCUUCGGAUUGAUAACACCACCUCUCCAGACCUGCAGCUCACUGUUGGAGCAGUGAUUGUGGAGGAAAUGAGAGCAGCCAUAGAGAAGGAGACGGGCUUUCAGUGUUCAGCUGGAAUUUCACACAAUAAGGUCCUGGCAAAACUGGCCUGUGGACUAAACAAGCCCAACCACCAGACCCUGGUCUCACUUGGGUCAGUCCCACAGCUCUUCAGCCAAAUGCCUAUUAGCAGAAUCCGUAAUCUUGGAGGAAAGCUAGGUGCCUCUGUCAUUGAAAUCCUGGGGGUGGAAUACAUGGGUGAACUGACUCAGUUCACUGAAUCCCAGCUCCAGAGUCAUUUUGGGGAGAAGAAUGGAUCUUGGCUCUAUGGCAUGUGCCGUGGGAUUGAACAUGAUCCAGUUAGACCCAGGCAACUACCUAAAACCAUUGGCUGCAGCAAGAACUUCCCAGGAAAAACAGCUCUGGCUACUCAGGAACAGGUACAAUGGUGGCUUUUGCAAUUAGCCCAUGAACUAGAGGAGAGACUAACCAAGGACCGAAAUGAUAAUGACAGGGUGGCCACCCAGUUGGCUGUGAUCAUUCGUGUACAAGGAGACAAACGUCUCAGCAGCGUGCGCCGCUGCUGCGCUCUCACCCGCUAUGAUGCUCACAAGAUGAGCCAUGACGCGUUUGCUGUCAUCAGGAACUGUAACACUUCAGGAAUCAGAACUGACUGGUCCCCUCCCCUCACAAUGGUCUUCCUGUGUGCUACCAAAUUCUCCACCUCUGCCCCUCCAUCUUGCACAGACAUCACCACCUUCCUGAGCAAUGACCCAAGUUCUCUGCCAAAGGUGCCAGUUACCAGUUCAGAAGCUAAGACCCAGGGAUGUGGCCCAGCAGUGACAGUCACUAAGAAAGCAACCACUUCUCUGGAAUCAUUCUUCCAAAAAGCUGCAGAAAAGCAGAAAAUCAAAGAAGCUUCACUGUCAUCUCUUCCUGCCACUACGCAGGCCCCCAUGAGCAAUUCACCAUCCAAGGUCUCCUUACCUUUCCAAACCAGUUGUACUACAGGAACUGAGCCCUUCUUUAAGCAGAAAGGUCUACUUCUAAAGCAGAAACAGCUUAAUAAUCCUUCAGUUUGCUUCCCUCCACAAAAUCCACAGUCCAGUCCUAAAGAGUUAACAAACUGUUUUCCAGCAGAGUAUCCAGACUGCACCCCUGUCUGUCAAGUGGUGUUGAAGCUAGAAUCCUCUACGACAACUCCUACAGAGCUGGACUUGGCCCGGAACAGCCCAAGCAGGCCUGCUGCUUCAACUUCCAACUCUGCUCUGCCAGUGGCUCAGAAAUCAACUACUUCCCCAAGUCCUACGGCAGCUGAGGACCAGGUGCUCUGUGAGAAGUGUGGCUCUCUGGUACCUGUAUGGGAGAUGCCAGAACAUACAGACUAUCACUUUGCAUUGGAGUUACAGAAAUCCUUUUUGCAGCCCCACUCCUCAAACUCACAGGUGGUUCCUGCCAGUUCUCCUCAAAGCAAAAGAAAUCCCAAGAGCCCUUCAGCCUCCAGUAAUAAACGCCCUAGGCCUAAGGGCAUGCAGACAUUGGAAUCAUUUUUUAAGCCGUUAACACACUAGUGCUGCCCUCAGGCUUGCUGCAGGGUUUUACUAUUUCACCUGUAAACUAGGAGAUGGAAAUAUGCUCACUUCUCAAGCAAAUCUGUAACUUUAUGAAAUUUUUAGUAGGAGAAUUAAUCCAGUUGGAUGGCGGAGUUAAAACUCCCAUCUCUUCACAUGCGUGGAUUCCAAUUCCAUUGUUGACAGAGAUGUAAAAACUAACUUAUCUUGCAGAGAUGCAACUGCUUUGAGUUUUUGAUCACUAGAGUUUAGGGAGGCAGGGUCAGAGUACAAAUGUGUGGGCCUCGAAGCCUAGGCGAGGCACUUUCCUCAUCUGCACAACUGAUAAACCUUACAGAUUAUGGGACAGCUUAAAGCUGGCACAAAAAAGGAACUGAGGGAGAAAAGACGUUUUUAACAUUUUCCCCAAGCUCUGUGACGGGACAGUUCAGAUAAUGCUUUGACCAAAAUGCGAGGUUUGAGAGCGCAAGGUGAAGACCUGAAACCCUAAAGUGCUAACUAGUUUAGGGCAGGGCUCUGUACACAACAGCUGCUCAAUAAGUACCAAGUUUCAUACAAGUAAAUCCUAUUAUGGCCAUAGUUUUAGCCACUGGCCCUUUUGGCUCUUGCACUGGUCUAAUGUAGAACGAGACUGUGAAUGGGCCAGUUCAGGAGCUCUUCGACUGGGUAAGUCACGGUCAGAACUAGAGCAUCUCUAGAAUCUCUCUAGGCUGUGAGCUGCAGCAGCAGCAGCAGCAGCAGCAGCAGGGAACUUGUCAGCAAGGGUCUCAGCCUUACCCCCACCCUACUGAAUCAGAAUCUGCGUAUUAACAAGAUUCUCCAGGGUGUUUGAGAAGUACUGAUCUAGAAGAGGCGUGCCAGCCAGGUUUGUAGCGGGUGCAGACGUGUCCUUAAACGCGGCAGGAAGAGCUGGUGCUUGGCUUUCAGGGUCACUGGCACGUUCAUCUCUUCCCUUUUGAUGUUUGAAUAUUUAGCUUAGGUUUUAUUGUAGCUUUUCUGCACUUGUCCAUGUUUAUAGCACUGUGUUCUUAAUCUGCAGUCUUCUAUGUGGAAAAUCAGCUUUUUUGAUAUGGGAAACCUUGUGUUACACAGAGAACCCAAGUGCAGAUGAACUGAACUAGGUGGUCUUGGGGGAAGUGAGUAGGAAGAAGGGUGUACAUAUCCCCCCUCUCAUACUUAAUACACAAGCCAACUGCUCUUCAAACUUACUUAUAAAUUGGGGGUCUGUAUUUAGUUUGAAGAAGGGGGGAGCAUUUGAAAAACAUUGUGUCGUAGAAAAUUACUUCUUCCUUCAAAAAUAUUUUCCUCUUGUAGCAGCUGAAUACUGUGUACAUGGCCCUCUUCCUGCUAGAUUUGUAGUUUCUUGAAGGCAAGAAUUCUUCACAGUGCCUUGCACAUAACAGGUGCUUGGUAUUUAUUGGAUGAAACAUACGUCGUAAGUAAUUUUAGAUGAUUACUGAACUGGGAGAGUAAAAAUGUUCAUGUUACUGGUGUGGGGGGGGGCUGCUUUAUACAUCUUUUUAUCCUCCUAAACGUUCCAUUAAUGUAGCAAGGUAUAGCUCCCUGGUUCCUGAAGAUGUCUUAUUAAAUACUGAGAUCAUAGGAUGCCUGGGGGCUCAGUUGGUAAAGCAUCUGCCUUCGGCUCAGGUCAUGAUCCCAGGGUCCUGGGAUCGAAUCCCGCAUCGGGGUCUCUGCUCAGUGGGGAGCCUGCUUCUCCCUCUGCCUGCCACU